GGGACGCCGACAGCCGCGCUAGCUGAGGGGCAUUCAAUGACUUUGCGCCAGUGUGCGGUUGCAUCGACAAAGUUGCUUAUUUGACAGGUCGGAACGUAUUUCGGAGCGGAUGGAGGCCCUCAUACCUGUCAUAAACAAACUGCAGGAUGUUUUCAACACAGUCGGAGCCGAUAUAAUUCAACUCCCGCAGAUAGUUGUGGUGGGAACACAGAGCAGUGGGAAGAGCUCUGUUUUAGAAAGCCUGGUCGGCAGAGACAUCCUGCCACGCGGCACGGGCAUCGUCACACGCAGACCUCUCAUCCUACAGCUGGUGCACAUUGAUGCAGAUGACCGCAGGAAAACCAAUGAAGAAAAUGAAUCCAAGAAAAAUGGACGCCUUUACAGAGGCAUCGACGGAGAGGAAUGGGGAAAAUUCCUGCACACCAAAAACAAGAUCUACACAGAUUUUGAGGAGAUCAGACACGAAAUUGAGGCAGAAACUGAAAGAAUUUCUGGCAAUAAUAAGGGUAUCAGUGAUGAACCCAUUCACCUGAAGAUCUUCUCGCCGCACGUUGUAAACCUCACUUUAGUGGACCUUCCCGGCAUUACGAAGGUGCCGGUCGGUGAUCAGCCCAAAGACAUCGAGAUCCAGAUCAGAGAACUGAUCCUGAAGUACAUCUCCAACCCCAACUCCAUCAUCCUGGCCGUGACCGCCGCCAACACGGACAUGGCCACUUCUGAGGCCCUCAAGGUGGCUCGUGAGGUCGACCCUGACGGCAGGAGGACUCUGGCGGUGGUGACCAAGCUGGAUCUGAUGGAUGCUGGUACAGAUGCCAUGGACGUCUUAAUGGGCAGAGUCAUUCCUGUCAAACUGGGCAUUAUUGGAGUCGUCAACAGGAGUCAGUUGGACAUCAACCAGAAGAAGACCGUGGCCGACUCUAUCCGUGAUGAGUAUGGUUUCCUGCAGAAGAAGUACCCCUCCCUCGCUAACAGAAAUGGAACAAAGUAUCUGGCCAGGACUCUGAACAGGUUAUUGAUGCACCACAUCAGAGACUGCCUCCCCGAGCUGAAGACCAGGAUCAACGUGCUGGCAGCGCAGUACCAGUCUUUGCUCAACAGCUACGGCGAGCCCGUGGAUGACAAGAGCGCCACCUUGCUGCAGCUCAUCACCAAGUUCGCGGCGGAGUACUGCAACACCAUCGAGGGCACGGCCAAGUACAUCGAGACGGCCGAGCUAUGUGGCGGUGCAAGAAUCUGUUACAUUUUCCACGAGACGUUUGGACGCACGUUGGAGUCGGUGGAUCCUCUGGGCGGUCUGACCACCAUCGACGUGCUCACAGCCAUCCGCAACGCAACGGGCCCGAGGCCGGCGCUGUUCGUGCCCGAGGUCUCGUUUGAGCUGCUGGUGAAGCGGCAGGUGAAACGUCUGGAGGAGCCCAGCCUGCGCUGCGUGGAGCUGGUGCACGAGGAAAUGCAGAGGAUCAUUCAACACUGCAGCAACUACAGCACGCAGGAGCUGUUGAGGUUUCCGAAGCUCCAUGAUGCCAUCGUAGAAGUGGUCACCUCCCUCCUCAGGAAGAGACUCCCCGUCACUAAUGAGAUGGUCCAUAACCUGGUUGCUAUUGAGCUGGCGUACAUCAACACCAAACACCCCGACUUUGCUGAUGCCUGCGGCCUCAUGAACAAUAACAUAGAAGAGCAGAGACGCAACAGGAUGAGAGACCUGCCCCCCGCUGUCCCCAGAGACAAGUCCCUUAAAAGCCCCGGUGCUCAGUCUCUUUCCCCCACUGAGCCUCCUCCUGCCCUCGAGGGCGAGUUCUCUAAGGCAGCAGCCGGCGGCCCUCAGAACUCGGCCACCGGGGAUCAGGCGGAGGGCGGGAUGGGCACCUGGAGAGGCAUGUUGAGGAAGGGGGAGGAGGGCGCCCUGCUGCAGCCGCCUCACCCUGCAAGCCCCCAGAAAGGCCACGCCGUCAACCUGCUGGAUGUGCCGGUUCCUGUUUCCAGAAAGUUGUCCGCUCGAGAGCAGCGGGACUGCGAAGUCAUCGAAAGACUCAUCAAGUCCUAUUUCCUUAUUGUUCGAAAAAAUAUCCAGGACAGCGUGCCGAAGGCGGUGAUGCACUUCCUGGUGAACCACGUGAAGGACUGCCUGCAGAGCGAGCUGGUGGGCCAGUUAUACAAGACGGCGCUGCUCAACGACCUGCUGACCGAGUCGGAGGACAUGGCUCAGAGACGCAACGAGGCCGCCGACAUGCUCCAGGCGUUGCAGAAAGCCAGUCAGGUGAUAGCGGAGAUCAGGGAAACCCACCUGUGGUGAGGACGGCGUCUCUUCUCGGACCCUCUCCUCCCAGAAACCCCCCCUGCCGGCCGUCGCAGCACCUCGAACUGUCCAGACGGCUUGAAGAUGCACUGGUGUGGAUAUGUGUAUAUUAAGGGAACAUAGUUUUAAUGUACAGCACGGACUAAAUGGAUGGAAGGACGGGCGCCGCCUUCCAGUCCUUCCAAACACGCUCCUGUCCUAGAACUGAAUAUUUUCUUAAUCUAUAAAGAAAACAAUAAACGUAUAGACAGUGUGAUACGUCGCCACUUUUCUGCUCUCUUUAUAGAUUAAAGUUAGAAAUGACAUGUACAUCACGCAGACUCUUUUGUUUAGAUGCUGGCAGUACAACGUGUCUGUCGCUAACUCUUUCCAAAGAAACCUCUUUACUUUAGAUCUUUUUCCUGGGAAACACUCAUUUUUACACGCAGUAAAAUGUUCAUAAUAGCGUUAUUUUUCUAUAGUGCUAAACCAGACACGUUUGUUUCCGUUGAUCUUGAGUUUUUGUAUGGAAGUCCUUCAGUGUUAUCUGGACAAACGGACACAGGAACAGCUUGUACAGUUCGCAGGAGGCCCAGAGAGUUGGUGUAAUGACGUAUUUAUUGUUUUGAUAUCAUGAUGAUUGACACGUAACCCAACACAACAGAACAAUGAAGACGAGUCGCCAGGCGGGUCUGCCGCCGCCGCUGCCCCGGGCUGCUUUCACGCCCUCUCCGCGUGGCUUUACCUCAGCCGGCCGCCCAUUUUGCCCUUCCCGCGGCCUUUGGCGCUGAAAGGGUGAAAAAAACAAACACAGCGAGUUGAUUAAACGGUAUUCUGCUACGCAGAGGAUGUUUAAUGAAUCCUGUUUACCUGUGAUGACAGUUUAAAUCACAUUUGUCACUCAUGAUGGUCAAAUCCUGUUUUGCAGCUUUUUAUUUUUCCUAAAUGCACGUCUGUUAAGGUGCAGACACUGAAGAGUCUUCGAAGAUGAGGUGGAAGUUAAUCUCAAAGAGGCAUGUGGAGAUGUGGCGAGUGUCUUUUUAAUAAGGACUCAAAAGAAUGUAACUGAAUAAAUGAUGCUCCUCCAGCUGUUCUCUGA